UGAUGAUCAACGCUAAGCCUUGUGCUUCUCGUAUCAAGGAUAUUAAAAUGAUUCCAGGGUUCUCACCUCAGAAUAGUUAUAUAAGAUGUGUAGAAGACGAACCCCCCGCCCCCGAAUACUCCUUAUGCUUCUCUAUCCUAUCUUUUUUUCAUCACUAAUGCGUAACAAUAUCUUGACCUCUGCACAAUGAAUCCAUCCAAGUCCAUUUCUGAUCAGGAGUCUUUUAAUGGAAGUCUGUUUAACUCCUGCGGCAACCCUCGCCUCUUUCAUGUAUACCAUACUCUGUGGCACAAUGAUUACACCGUGACUUCGGACGACAAGACACCCCUUUUCUUUGUGGAUACGUCGUGUUUCACCCCAAAGAAGCCAGACCUUACAUUCCAUGCUGGCACUGAUAAGAAGGCCCCUAUUGUGGGCGUCUCCAAAUUCCUACAUUUUUCAAGACACAUGAAAGUAGGGCUCGGUGAUCCGGAGAGUAUCAACCACGUUGAGUGGGAGGACCUUGUGUCUCAAAACAUCAGGAGCAACAAAUACCGCUGGCAAAUGACCCUCCGGGGUGCCUCUGGAGCAGAACGACGGUCUUUUAUGUGGAAAAGAACACACUCUGUUGCGGUCGAGGGCUCCUCCGCUUCCAAAUGGAGUAGCCGCAACUUCAAGCUGGUCGAUGAGCAGACCGAUCAGAUUGUUGCGAUCUUUACGAGCAGUGCAUUCAAAAGCGUCAAGAAAAGUGGCAAACUCCAAAUCGACUCGACAAACUAUGGCGAGGAGUUUGAUCUGAUGGUCCUUAUCACUGGGCUUUCUUUGUAUGAGAAACAAAGACGGCGCGACAAUAAUGGUGGAGGAGGUGGCGGGGGUGGUGGUGGAGGUUAAAGGAUCUAUCUCUCUGCCUCCUUUGUAUUCUUUAUUCUCUUCUUAGCUUUCCCGAAUAUUCUGAGAUACCAAGUCUGCUGUUUGAGUUACCGUGUUAUAUAUGUCUACGAUAGGAUGAUAUCCACUACCUCUUGUGUCAAUUAUGAUUCUUGGCAUUUAUUAUGAUGACAUAAUCUGCUUUGUAUCAUUCAGCCUCCAAUGAAAUAAAAUAAGCUUAACUU